AUGCGCGGUCUCGUCAAAGCAGCUUUGCUGUUUGCGCCGGCUCUCACAACAGCAGCAGUUCUCCCGGUCUCAAUGCUAGAUGCCGCCAACACCAAUACGCAAGGACCGAUACCACGUUUCAACCCAGACGAGGAGCUUCCCCGAAUGCGAUUGCAACUGACCAAGUUGGAAAAUCCGCUAUUUGAAAAGGAGAGAUAUGUUACCCAAGAAACACCUCGCCACUCUCGCCCAGAUAUCAUGACCUGCGAUAGCUCACAGUGCACCAUUGAGCGUCACUUUAGCUCAGACAUUAUGACUUGCGAUAGUUUAAAGUGUACUGUCAGACCAGCCGCUGGCAAAGCACGCGAAGCAGCACAUUCUCUGUACGGAAAGAUCAGCGAGAAUUUCUGUCAUGGUGAUGAUAAACACCGGACCACCCCCAAACACUACUGGCCUGGCCCUCCGCAUGUGUAUAAGGAGCGUAUACUUCUCCAGUAUCAGACUGAGCCUGAUUCCCAAGGAGGAAUGAAAAGAGGAAUGAAGAGGGUAAUGCGCGUCACAGAAUGGGCAGCUAUCGGACUUAUGGUAGCAUUUCUCCUAUUUAUCCUUCAACAACAGAUGUGCACGCCACAGCGAAGAGCAGAUCGCCAGUCGCCGAAGGAUGGACAUCUUUACCGAAGAACUUGUUCUGGUACGGGCAAGCAACAUAUACUUACCAGGCUCAUCGACGGAUUACCUAGCAGCACACAUACCAAUGGUCGAGAUUACAGAGAGAAAGCGUUCUUGGUUGUACAGGCCGAGGACGGAAGUUUGACAUCCAUGGCCGAAGAACCUACUCGACUCGACAACGCUCCCAGUGCCUUUAGCGAGUUUAUCAGUUCCGAACAAGGCAGAAUCCUUCCUCUUCAGUCCACGUUUGGUAACGGAACCUGUGAGAACUUACCCAAGUUUGGAGAAGAGAAAGACCUCCUACCACACAUAGACAACGACAGCAGCGACGAGAGCGACAUGAUCUCAGUUGGGUUUAGAUACACCCCCGAGACAGUACAGUCUGCUUCAAAGGAUAUAAAUGGUAAUUUGGGACCAGAUUCUAAGUAA